AUUAUGGGGCUUAUUGAGAAAAUCAAAGAAAUAGAAGAUGAAAUGGCCAGAACUUAAAAGAAUAAGGCAACUGAGUAUCAUAUGGGUUAAUUAAAGGCCAAAUUGGCCAAAUAUCGAACUCAAUUAUUAGAGCCACCAAAAUCUGGUCCUAAAGGUGAAGGAUUUGAAGUUUAAAAGUUUGGAAAUGCAAGAGUUUGUAUGAUAGGAUUCCCAUCUGUUGGAAAGGUAUAUACACAUUACCUAUAUUCAAAAGUCCACAAUUCUAUCAACUUUAACAAAAACAUAAUCUCUAGUAGCUGCAUAUGAAUUCACAACAUUAACAUGCAUUCCUGGAGUGAUUGAUUAUAAAGAUGCUAAGAUUUAAUUACUUGAUCUUCCAGGAAUUAUUGAAGGAGCUUCUGAAGGUAGAGGAAGAGGAAGAUAAGUCAUUGCAGUUGCUAAAGCUUGUGAUCUUGUACUUAUGGUUUUAGAAGCUGAUAAAGCUGAAGAUUAAAGAAGAAAACUUACUUUAGAAUUAGAUAAAAUGGGUAUUAGAUUAAAUAGAAAGAAACCUGAUGUGACAAUUACACCAAAUAAAUCAGGAAUGUAUUUAUAUUAGUAUUAUUAUUUUAGGGUUCGUAUUACAUCUACAAUAAAAUUGACAAAAGUAGAUGAAAAGUUAAUCAAAAACAUCAUGUAAGAAUAUAAAAUUCAUAAUGUUGAUAUUUUAAUUAGAGAAGAUAUUACAGUAGAUGAUUUAAUUGAUAUUAUUGAAGGAAAUAGAAAAUAUGUUAAAUGUCUUUAUGUUUUUAAUAAAAUUGAUAAAAUAUCUAUUGAAGAAGUAGAUGAAAUUGCAAGAAGGAAAGAUCAUUGUGUUAUAUCUUGUAAUUUAAAGUUAAAUUUGGAUUACUUAUUAGAAUGUAUGUGGGAAAAGCUUGACUUAGUAAGAGUUUAUACAAAAAAGAGAGGUUAAUAACCAGAUUUUUCAGAUCCGAUUGUUCUUAGUAAUGAUCGUAAUGGUUUGAUGGUUAGAAGUGUUUGUGCAUAAAUUCAUAGAGAGUUAGUUGGUGAAUUUAAAUUUGCAAUAGUUUGGGGAAGAAGUUGCAAGUAAGAUUUUUUAAUAAUAUAUUUAGGUUUAAUCCUUAAAAGGUUGGAUUGAAUCAUGUUUUAGCUGAUGAAGAUGUCCUGUAAAUUUAUAAAUCCAAAACAAAAGCUUAAUUAGCCAAAUAAAAUAAAUAACUUAAAGGUACAAAACAAGAUAGAAAAAAAGAAGAGAAAGGAGAUAAAAAUUCAAAAAAAUGAAUGUAGUGAUUG